CUCGUCGUCAGUCCGCUGCCGCUCCUCGUAUCGCACGACUUCAGUAUGUCUCUGUUGCAGCACGUUGUCUAUGCUGGCCUUGCGGGUAUUGUCGCUGUGACAGUCCUACGCUGGGUCAGUCAACAAAUUAGCCACAUUCGAUUCAAGCGCGCCAUGGGCUGUGGCGACAUUCCUCGAUAUCCUCACAUCGACCGGAUCUUCGGCCUAGACAUUGUGCUCGGCAUGGCAAAGUCGCUCAAGUACGACUAUUUCUUGGUCUGGCUCAACCAGGUGCACCGAGGGCUUCCAAAGACGUUUGUGGUGAACUUCCUCUGGUCACGGUUCAUAUGGACGAUCGAGCCGGAGAACAUGAAAUGCAUGUCCGCCACCAACUGGCGGGACUUUGCCGUAGGACCCAUGAGACGCAACAACAAAGCCACACAUCCCUUCGCAGACAAGGGCGUCAACACGGUCGAUGGCAAGGAGUGGGAGUUCAGCCGCACCCUGAUCAAGCCCUUUUUCGUCGCAGAGGGCUUCAAGAACACGGGGCGACUGUCGGGUCACGUGGACCGCCUAUUCGCACGCUUCCCGGCGGACGGCGAGACAUUUGACAUUCAGCAGCUUGUACAGCUAUGGUUCCUGGACACGACGACCGAGUUCCUGUUUGGCGAGUCGAUUGGCAGUCUGGAGCACCCGGAGCGGGCGUCGCUAUGCUGGGCUAUGGUCGACGUGUUGCGCGGGCUGCGGCUCCGCCUGCAGUGGUACAAGUAUCUCUUCCUGUUCCGACACCAGUCCUGGCUGGAUGCCGUCGCCGUCGUACACGAUUUUCUCAAUCGCCAUCUCGACCGCACUUGGCGGGAGUUGGAAGAAAAGGAAGAGAAGGAGAGGGAGAACGAGGACAAGCGGUCCCGGGGGGAGACGGCGGUGGCCGAGCGGGCCGAGCGGACCGAUCUCCUGUGGUCCAUGGCCGGCCAGCUGCGGGACAAGGAGGCGCUGCGGUCGCAACUCUGCCUGAUCUUUGUGCCGAACAACGACACAACGUCCAUCUUCAUUAGCCACAUCCUCUGGAAUCUGGCUCGACGGCCCGACAUCUACGCUCGAUGUCGGGCAGAGGUCUUGGCGCACGGCGAUGCCGAAUUGUCCUUUGAAGCGCUGCGGAGCAUGAAAUACCUCAACGCGGUAAUGAUGGAAACACAUCGCCUCCACCCCAACGGGGUCACUCAAGUGCGUAAAUGCAUCAACGACACCAUUCUGCCCUGUGGCGGGGGACGAGACGGCAAAUCCCCGAUCCACGUCCGCAAAGGCGAUGUAGUCCAAGUGAACAAAAACGUCCUGCACCGCGACCCGGACAUCUGGGGCGAGGAUGCCGAGGAUUUCAAUCCCGAUCGAUGGGACGGUCUGCGACCUUAUUGGACCUUUGUUCCCUUCGGUGGCGGGCCUCGUCGCUGUCCUGCGCAGAUGCUGGUUACCGUUGAGGCGAGUUAUAUGCUGGCGAGGAUUAUGCAGCAGUUUCGGCGAAUUGAGGCUCGAGAUCCAGCGCCUUAUGUCGGUGUGAUGCGUGUGGGACCUUCGAAUAAGACGGGCGUCAAGGUGGCGUUGUUUCGUGAUGAUGAGUCGGCGUUCGCUUGCAGGUGAGAGAGAGAAAGAGAGAGAGAGAGAGAGAGCAAGAAAGUCAGAUAAGGUGGAUGUCAAGUAGCAACGGAAACUGUAUACGC